UUUAAAAAAGCAAGAAGUAAAUGCAACCAAACUGGGAAUGUUUAAGUCUCUGAAAGUCUGCAGUGAAAAGCAAAAUAAAAUUGCUAACUUUAGCUUAAACAUUCUGGAGCACAAAGAAACUUUAAUUUUGGAAUAUCAUCCUGACUACUGAAAUACAAGUUUACCAGACAAGUAGAUUUAUUCUGUCUCAGAGCACGGCGUUUCUUUACAAUUUAUAAUCCAAUGGAUUGGCUUCACUGACUACAUUUUUUAAAAGUUGCUCGUCGGUUAACAAGCCCUGGAUUCAAAGAUUUUCUGGAGACUAGAAAAUCCGACUAUUUUCCUGUUGAAGAACCAAGUGCAAACUUUACAGCAACAAAUUUCAUGUUUCUUUUGGAGAUUCUGGAGGAAAAGGAAAUAUUUAUAAAACCACCCAAAGAUCCAGAGAAUUUGCAAAUACACUGGGGGUUUUAAAGUGGUCAAAAUCUGAAUACCAAAGGAGCCUGCUGCUGACCAAAGGACUUCAAUCAACACAGUAAGCUGACCGUGCCUUUAUAAUGGUAAGCAAUAACAGCUCUCAAUGCUCCUAUGAUGACUCCUUUAAGUACACUUUGUAUGGGUGCAUGUUUAGUAUGGUGUUUGUGCUUGGGUUAAUAUCCAACUGUGUGGCCAUAUACAUUUUCAGCUGCACCCUCAAAGUACGAAAUGAAACUACAACGUACAUGAUUAACUUGGCAAUGUCAGACUUGCUUUUCGUUUUUACUCUACCCUUCAGGAUAUUUUACUUUGCAACACGGAACUGGCCAUUUGGAGAUUUACUUUGUAAAAUUUCAGUGAUGCUGUUUUAUACCAACAUGUACGGAAGCAUUCUGUUCUUAACCUGCAUUAGUGUAGAUCGAUUUUUGGCAAUUGUCUAUCCAUUUAAAUCAAAGACUCUAAGAACCAAACGAAAUGCAAAAAUCGUUUGCAUUGUUGUGUGGUUAACUGUGAUGGGAGGAAGUGCACCAGCAGUUUUUUUUCAGUCUACCCACUCUCAGGGUAACAGUACCUCAGAAGCCUGCUUUGAAAAUUUUCCAGAAGCCACAUGGAAAACCUAUCUCUCACGGAUUGUAAUUUUCAUUGAAAUAGUAGGAUUUUUUAUUCCUCUAAUUUUAAAUGUAACUUGCUCUAGUAUGGUGCUAAGAACUUUAAAUAAACCUGUUACAUUAAGUAGAAGCAAAAUAAACAAAACUAAAGUUUUAAGAAUGAUUUUUGUACAUUUGGUCAUAUUUUGUUUCUGUUUUGUGCCUUAUAAUAUCAACCUUAUUUUAUAUUCUCUUAUGAGAACACAGACAUUUGUUAAUUGCUCAGCAGUGGCAGCAGUAAGGACCAUGUACCCCAUCACUCUCUGCAUUGCUGUUUCAAACUGCUGCUUUGACCCAAUAGUUUACUACUUCACGUCAGACACAAUUCAGAAUUCAAUAAAAAUGAAAAACUGGUCUGCUAGGAGAAAUGACUCCAGAUUCUCUGAAGUUCAAGGCACAGAGAACUUUAUUCAACAUAACCUACAGAUCUUAGAAACUAAGGUAUUUGACAAUGAAUCUACAAUAUAAGCUGCCUGAAAUAAAACCACUGGAACUUCACUGGGACAGAACCUUCAAGUUCCUUCAACUGUGAAAAGUUUUCUUGAACAACUAUUUCUGCAUCU